GAGAUGUUAUGGGCAACAUAACUCACUGUUAUAUCGCCAGAAUUACAGAUAUAGUUAUAUAGAUAUAGUUCAUUUUUGUGUCAACGUCCUCUUUAGUUUAUCAGUAAUGUUUUUGUCAAUUGUCUUUCAUGUGGUUCAUUUCAGAGCUGAAUACAGUUGCGCAAUUUUGUUGCACACAGAGAAGGAGCACUGGGAACGUGCUUCUACUGUGAAUUUCGAAGCCUGCUACUGCAUUUGUGGACAGCUCUGAAGAUUCCAUUGUAUAACUUUCCUUUUUCCAAAUUGCGAACCUACUGCCAGUUUUACAAGGAUCUUGCUCUCCAAAUCAUUUGUGGUUCGCUACUUAAAUCUAUGUCGUCUGUUACAUUAAGUAGGUAAACCCUGCAGCCGACAAGCAGUUUUACAAUGAUUCAAGCUUUGAAUGGUGCCAGACAGCUUGCCACAGCUACAAUGAAACGUACCGCCACAGAGUUACGGUUACCAGUGCCUUGGGGAGAGAUGAGAGGGCAGGUCUGGGGUCCUGAGGAGGGCCGUCCAGUCUUAUGCCUGCAUGGAUGGGCAGACAACUCUGGUUCCUUCAACACCUUGAUACCACUGUUACCGCAAGAGUGGAGGUGUGUGGCUCUGGACAUGGCAGGCCAUGGCCUCUCUUCGCCGAGGCCUUCCGGAGUCUUCUACACCUUCCCCGCGUAUGUGGCCGACGUCAGGAGAGUGGUCGAAGCUCUGCAGUGGAAACGCUUCUCCAUACUGGGCCACAGCAUGGGUGGCAAUGUGGCAGGAAUGUUCAGCGCAGUGUUCCCUGAGAUGGUGGAGGCCCUGGUGCUGCUGGACUCCUAUGGAUUCUACCCCACUAACACGAAGGAGCUGCCGGACAUCCUGAAGCAGGGGAUGGAGGAGAUGAUGCAGGUGGAGAAGAGGGACAGCGAGGGGAAGAAGGAGAAGAUCUACACCCACCAGAAGGCUAUGCAGAGGUUAAUGGCAGCCAACCCCCAGUUAACAGAGCAGUCAGCUCAGCAUCUUCUAGAAAGGGGAUUAAGAGAGGCUGAAGGCGGCUUUGUGUUUACCAGGGACUUGAGGAUCAACCUGAAAAACGUGACCCGCAUUAGUCUGGAGCAGAGCUUAGAGCUGCAGUCCAGGAUCCAGGCCCGUGUCCUGGUCUUAAUGGCUGAAGCUGGUCUGAAUAAACUCUUUCCUCCGCCUGAGGGCUGCUCGGAGUCCCUCAUGAACGGCUACCAGAACAGUAAGAACAUGAAGGUUAUGACAGUUCCAGGGGAUCACCACAUUCACAUGAACCAGCCGGAGGUCGUGGCGCCCAUCAUCACUGACUUCCUGCUGUCCGCUACUGACAGCACUGCCAAGUUAUAACACUCAUAUCACACACACAGACACACACACACACACACACACACACACACAUACACAAAUUAAUCGUAAGCCUGCAAAUUUUCCUUAAAAAUGUUUCAAAGUCAUUUAAAAGCAGUAGCAUAGGCUAUGCAUGGAACUUGGCUAAACCUCGCAGACAUAUCCCAACAUUUUUAAAGAGUUCAAAGAACGACAGGUUAACGAA